AUGGAUGGUGAUGAAAAAAUUACCCACGAGGCUGCCACAAUGCGGUUUGUCAGAGAGAAUACAAACAUCCCUGUACCAUCUGUUAUAGCAUGGGGACUCAGUCACGAGAAUCCGCUUGGCCUGGGGGCGUUCAUCAUCAUGGAGUUCAUUGAGGGAGAACCUUUAGAUGUGAUCUUGAGGCAAGGUUCUGGCCCGGAAGAAGCUCACUCUCUCCGGCUUGACAUCAAUGACGAGGAACUGGAAACAAUAUACCGCCAAAUUGCGAAUUUUCUGUUGGGCCUGUCGGCACAUGAUUUUCCGCAAAUAGGUUCGCUCUCCGGGAACGCGGAUUUCAACAGUGGCAUUAAUUCGAGGCCAUUGACGCUGAAGAUGAAUGAAAUAGAGAGUCACGGAGGCGUUCGCGUUGGUGGCCCUCUUUCCGGAACAUUCUCUUCAACCACCAGCUAUUUUCAAAAUGUGGCCAAACAAGACAUGCAGCAUCUGUUGGACCAACCGAAUUCAAUUGAUGAUAUGGAAGAUGCUCGUCGCAAAUAUCUCCAUAGUAAGAUAUUUGCGGCCCUUGUUCCCCAUUUCGUUGACAAUAAGUAUGACCAUGGCCCGUUCAAGUUAACUUGCGACGAUUUCCGGUUUGGGAACAUGCUCGUCAACAACGCACAGGAUCUGAAGAUAGUCGCUGUGCUAGACUGGGAAUGGGCGUAUACAGCACCAUUUCAGAUGCUUUACUCGCCUCCGCGGUGGCUUCUUCUGAAGAGGCCAUUUGAUUGGGAAGAUGAGGAUGUUUCUAAGUACAAUUCCCUGCUUAAGGUAUUCACCAAUGUGCUGGACGAGGAGCAGCAAAAAAGAGCCAAAAGUUGCUUAGUGCCCAGUAUGGCAACCCUCAUGCGCGAAUCCAUGGAGGACGGAAGAUUCUGGUUUCAUGAAUUGAUAUACUCCUGCUUCGAAUCUCCCGACAGCCGGGCCUGGCUUGCUCUUCGACAGCUCCUACCUUCUAUUGAUGAACUCGUGACAGUUGCCGGCCCUGAGGUUGAACAGUUCGUGAACAGCAAGAUGGAGCAGCUAAAGCAGUAUAAUGUGGAAUGGGCGGCGAUGAAAGAGGAGCUCGAUAAAAAGGAGGCGGAGUUCCAGGCACUGAAGGCAAGAGUAGAGGGGGAUGCAGAUUAG